AUUUUACUGUGUAUUUUGACAAUCUCAAUCAAAUUUGUAGUCUGUGAUUAUAAGCAACAGAAAAAUUAUUUCCAGUUAUAAUAGUGCAUCAAAACUUUACAUCAUGUUUAAAAAGUUUGAUGAAAAGGAGAGCAUUUCUGGUGUCCAGCAGCUCAAAUCUUCGGUCCAAAAGGGUAUUCGUUCCCGCCUUUUGGAGUUGUACCCUCAUCUCGAAAACCACAUCGACCAAGUGCUGCCCAAAAAGGACACGUUCAGAAUUGUGAAAUGUCAUGACCAUAUCGAAAUUAUGGUGAAUAGUGCCGGUGAACUUCUGUUCUUCCGCCACCGUGAAGGACCUUGGAUGCCAACAUUGCGACUUCUCCACAAGUACCCAUUCUUCUUGCCAAUGCAACAAGUCGACAAGGGAGCAAUUCGCUUCGUUCUGAGUGGUGCCAACAUAAUGUGCCCCGGCUUGACGUCACCAGGGGCACGAAUGUCACCAGUCGAAAAAAGCAGCGUUGUGGCCGUGAUGGCUGAAGGGAAGCAACAUGCUUUGGCUGUGGGCAUCACUUCUCUGUCGACUCAGGAUAUAGCUAAAGUAAACAAAGGCGUGGGGAUAGAAAACUGUCAUUAUCUCAACGAUGGUCUGUGGCAAAUGAAACCUGUCAAGUGAAUUCAUAAUCAGCUUAUUUUCUAAAAUAAUUUAAGUUUUUUUUUAUAACAAUAAAUAAUGUAUCCG